UGAUAGAUGCAUAGGCGAAUGCAAAGAACACAAUUUCGAAUUUCAGCUGAAAGAGUUGGUCAAUGGGUAACGAUGCUAGGAAUAUCAAAUUUCGGCUGUCAACUGGAUAAAAGAUGGAUGUCAUUGAAGAUUUUGUUGAAAUCUUGAGAGUUGUUUUAGACUACGUUGGAAUUGACAUGGAUGAUAUGUCAGAAUAUCUUGGUUCUCUAAAUAAUCGGUCAAGACGAGCCCUAUUUCACAUGCACAGAGCAAUUGUGGCAAAAUGGCAUCACUCCAUUAUAGAACCCCGUGUUAGGAUGUCUAACAGGUGGAGUCAUUGGAGGUCUGAUGUACGCCAUCGCAGUCUAGUAAGGAUCAUCGGCACCAGCUUACCACUACACCCAGCCAAAAGACUGAAGAUACAAAGUCAUAUGCUGAGACAUCGAACACGUCAAGAUAGCUGUGAUAGUGAUGUGUCUCUUUUUUCCAUGACAAGCACUGUGUCAUCUUCACAGGCUGAUCUGAUGUGGGUGGAGGAGGAUUUAGGAGACAACUGUAUAAGGGUGAGAGCACAAAAGAAUGAAGACGUUGAUGACUGUGAUACUUUAGAUGAUUUUGAUAAUGAUUUCAUGUUACGUAACGAAGGUGUUCGCUCUCCAAUGAACUCCACCAUGAUUAGCUCUGUGUCCAUGAUGUCCUCGUGUGAUCCAGCCGCCAUCCAUAAGAUCACGGCAAUGGAGGAUGAGCUGACGGCUCUGAGAAACCAGAUGGCCAUGCUUGUACUGAUGCAGGAACAAGCAAAUCAAUCUCAAGCAGUGUCCUCAAGUGUCUGUGCCACACCAACAGAAAAUAGUGCUCCACCCACUUCAACGCCUACAGCAGAAUUAUUGGACAUGUUUACCCCACCCCUCCCUCCUCCCCCACCUUCUUUAUAUGAGCCCCUGCCCCCUGAUUCCCUCGCAGAUUGUCUUCCACCGCCCCCAGUCUAUUUCGGUGUGUCCAUGCCGCCUCCUCCACCUGCAGCUCCAGUCACUCCGAGUUCUAAAAGUUCACAGGACAUGUCGACACCACUUCAGCCCACAGUUCUAGCAGACAAGAUGAAUUGGAAGAACAGCCGAGAGACGGAGAAUACCUGUACCCUCACAGACAUCCUGAAGGGGUUAGGCUCUGUCAAACUGCGAUCUAUACAAAGAUCUCCUGGUGGUACUCCCUUGAAGGUGAGGCGACCAGAUCGUGAGUGUGACCGGUCAGACCCUGCUGCCCUCAUUGCUCAAGCUCUCAAGAAGAAAUUUGCCCAGCAGAUGACUUACAGUCCAGAUACUGACAAGGAAAACGACAACCACGACUUCAGCUCCUCUGACAUAGAAAACAGUCCACACAUCAUACCAGGCAGAACAAAGAAGAUCAAGAGGCGCUCCAUACUGUUUGAUGAGCGACGAAAGAGUGUGGGACCCCUACGGGAUCUGAAUGUUUAAUGCAAAGUGUCAAACAAGGGAUUUUUAUUUGUCAAAAGACAAUCUUUUAAGAUACACAAAAUGUUUUAAUCAUGUACAUAACAAUUUUAUUGUAUGCAAAUUGACGUAUUUCAUUUAAAAAUUAAACAAAACAAAACUUGUGGGCUUGUUGGGUUGUUUACUUGAAGCUUUAAUCUAUCAACAGCUAUGGUCGUUUUAGGAUGUGCCAGGUUUUGGUGGUGGAGUGAAGCUGGAGUACCUGGAGUAAAACCUGCGGUUAGUAUCUAGGAACUGUCCCAAGUAGGCCUUGAACCUGUGACUCAGUGGUGGAAAGCUAGUGAUCAUAGAUGUUCAGAUUCCUUUUUGCCAAUAAGUUAAAUGUUUAAAAAUCAGCAUUUUCCACAAUUUUCACUGCUUUGCUAAAAAGAACAAACCAGAUUGUGUAGAAUCAUAAAGGCAAUAGAUGAACAAAAUCAUAUUUAAUUAUUUUUUCAUCUAAAUAAUUUUGUGCAAAACAUGAGACUGUUUUCUCAGACAUGUCAUCACAUUGUAAAACUGACUUGGGAUGAGACAACAACUGUAUUUCUAAAAGCAAAAAUGUGGUUAGAUUCCACAAGUCCUUCUUUUUCUUCAUCCACUCAUCCACUCAACAUUACAGCUAGGAGUUUUAAGAUUUAAGAUAUUAGAAUAAUUUCAUAUUAAGACAACUAGAUUGUGCAUGUACAUCAAUGUAUAUAAAACCCAUUGUACAAUUCAAAUGCGUUUGGCACAGAUUUAAAAUUUUGGUAUUGGUAUUGCAAUGCAAUUCAUAGUCCUCACCGGUACUGUAUAGGAGAUAUACAAGGCAAAAAGAUGGAUAGAUGAAGUACAAACCUGAAGACCCCCCCCCCCCUCUAACUUGGUCCCCAUAAAAAUGUAUCAAAUAAAAGGAUCAAGACCACAUUUGAAAAAGUUAUGUAUUACACAGUGUUAAUUGCAACUGCAAAAUACACCCAUAUUUCAGCACUUAUAAACAUAUAUUACAGGUACAAAGGAAAUAUUAUAAUGUUGUAUGUUUAAUGUAACAUGUAAAGAUAUGUUGGGCUUUUCAUUCUGUCACCUUUGUUUAGAAAAUUAAGAAUAAUUUUGAAAAGCCAUAUCUACCAGAGAGUGACCACAUGAAUAUUUUUUUUCAAAAUGCUUAUUUCUUAAUCAGAUGAAAUCAAUAUAUCAAUAUGAAUAUCAGGCUCAAAGGUAAAAGUAGAUACAGGCCAGGGGUAAAAGCAUUUAAUAAAUAUUUUCCUCUAAAAAUUACAUUAAAACUUAGAAAAUGGAAGAAGCUAA